AUGGUUAUAUCAUUCACUUGGUUGAUGUUUUUCAUUCAAUUUACAAAAAUUGCAACCGAAGAUUUCUUAAAGUUAAAGUUUUCCAUGAAAUAAGUUAUAAGUAUGUGAAAAAAUCCUAUGAUAAGUUUUGCCAGAUAGUGUUUAAAAUUAGGACAGUAGAGAAUACAAAAUCAUGAUGGAAGAUGAAAUAAAAGAGUUAAAGUCAGUGUUGCGAUCAUUAGUGGUGUCCAGUCCAACACAGGUGGAUGUGCGUACUCUUAUGAGAGACUAUCGCAGCUUAGUGGGCAGGGCCCUACCCAUUGCAAAACUCGGCUACAAGGAGCCCGUGCACUUCCUUAGAGAAAGAUGUAGCGAUUGUUUCCUGUUCCACGGCGAUCCUCGCAACCCUGUGCUGACACUUAUUGUGCCGGACACAUUGAAGCAUAUUGAUAAGUUUGUACAAAAACAAAAGGUAUCCAAUACAGUAAAGCAUAAAGGAAAGAGAAGAAGUGUCGCCGCACUGGUCUUGCCACCUUCAAACAAUCUUAUUUCUAAGACAUUUUUGGCAAAAGAAAAGGAAUCAGGAAUUAUCAAGAAGGAGGAGAGAGAUACUGUAAAAAAUGACCUAACACUAGAUGCUGACACAGAAAAUAAUCAAGUUUAUAAUGGUACAUCACAUAGUGCAUUGGAAAACUUUAUGAAGAAACGCAUGCCCCUGUGCACCAGCAUGGCCGACUUCCAGGCCGACACCGACUCGUCUCGGGGGGAUGCUGACUCGGGCCGCCAGACAUUCUCCAGUGGAAGCAGUACUAAGUGGACACAAUUUGAAGAAUUAAAAAGUGAAAUUAAAAACAUCCUCGAAGAUCAUCCUGAAGGAAUUUGGUGCACAGAUCUCGUGGCACUGUACAGGCAGCGGCACGGGCGCGAGCUGCAGGUGGCGCGAUUCGGCUUCACCAGCGUGCUCAGCUUGGUCUGCGCCCUCGCCGACACCGUGCGCGCCUGGCGGCCCCGCGGCGCCGCCGACUGGCGCCUGCAGCACACCGCGGCCCCCGCCCCCGCCUCAGUCUCUGCCCCCGCCACCGCGCGCCGCGCCCCCGCCUCAGUCUCUGCCCCCGCCGCCGCUCGCCGCGCCCCCGCUCCAGCCCCCGCCCCCGCCCCCGUCGCCGCGCACAUCGACCCCGACGACGCGCUGCCCGGCGUCGACUACGACCCCGACGUGUUCCCCGAGGACUGCGUGCACUUCAUGGAGAGCAUCCCGGCGGCGCCGCUGGCCGGCGUGGCGGCGGGCGCCCACCUCGAGGUGAUCGUGGGCGAGGUGUACUCGCCCUCGCACUUCUGGCUCAUCCGGCUCGGCGAGCAGCACAGCGUCGCCAUGGAGGACAUGAUGGACGAGAUGACGGAGUACUACUCGCGCGGGGCGGGCUGCGGGCGGCGACUGGCGCGCGGGGCGGUGCGCGUGGGCCAGUACUGCAGCAGCUGCUACGAGGGCGACUGGCACCGCUCGCUCAUCGUCAAGCUCGUCGACAGCGACACCGUCAAGGUGCGGCACGUGGACUACGGCACGGUGGAGCGGUGCGCCGUGUCCGAGCUGCGGCCGCUGCUGCGCCGCUGGGCCUCGCUGCCGCAGCAGGCGGUGCGCGCGCGCCUCGCCGCAGUGCGCCCGCCGCACGCCGGCCGCCGCUGGCCGCGCGCCGCCGCCGCCUUCCUGCUGCGCGCCGUCACCCAGCGCCAGCUCGUCGCCCUCGUCUCCGCCCACAGGGAUGAUAUCGUAGAGGUACUGCUGAUCGAUACGUCGUCGGACGAGGACGUGUGCAUCAACACGGAGAUGGUCCGCGCUGGCUACGCCGACCCCCGCGACGACUCCUGCCUGGGGACGUCGGAGUGUUACCUGUGUCCGAGCUUCGACGCCCUCGAGAGCGGCGACACGCCCACCUACGCCGAGAUACAGUGCUACCUGCGCGACGGCAUCGUGCUCGACUACGUGGAGGACUACCGCCGACACGUGCCGCCCUGUCUGCCCGCCCCCGCGCACCCGCCCGCCCCCCGACCGCCGCCCACCCCCGCCCCCCGACCGCCGACCCCCAAACUGUCGGCGGCGGAAAACGAAAUCUUUUACCAUCUGAGGCAAGCGAGUGCGGCGCACAUGUACAUGAUGGAGGCACUGCAGCGCGCCAUCGCGGCCACCUCGCUGGCCGGCGUCGAUCCGCGGCUCAACCCCGAGGCCGCCGAGUUCCCCGCGCCCCGCGCGCCCUCCGCGCCCGUCGCGUCCCCCGCGCCCCCCGCGCCCGUCACACCCCUCGCCCACCCGCCAGGCGCGACAGGCGACAACCAAAAAUUUGUCAAUCCGGCAGUUAAAAGAUUCUUUGAAAACGUAGUGCCGAGCGCCGGCAUCGCGCCCCCUCCCGGCUUCGAGCACAUGUGCCGCCGUUUCUGA